AUGGCUUCAGCGUCGGUGGUCACGCGGGCGCUAGUGAAGCUGAGGACCCAUCCCGAUGCAGCGACCGCGGCCCGGGCCGUCUUGCGCGAAGCGCGAGCCAAGCGGAUAGCGCCCAACACGUUGCACUACAACGCGGCCAUAAGUGCCUGUGAGCGCUCCAGCCAGUGGCAGCACGCGGUUGACCUGCUCUGGGAGAUGGAUCGCAGCAGGGUGCGGAAGGACGUCAUCUCCUUCAACACCACCAUGGCUGCCUCCGCACGUGGUCAGCAGUGGCAGCUGUCGUUGAAGAUCCUCGACGACCUGCCGCAGCACAACCUGGAGCCCGACUUCGUCACUUUCAGCUCCGCCAUCCGCGCCUGCGACCUAGGUGGCAACUGGACGCUGGCGUUAGCUUUGCUGCAGCUCAUGCAAGAGGCAUCGACUGCCAACGAGAUCGCCUUCAGCACAGCCAUCAACGCGUGUGCCAAGGACGCCGCCUGGAGCGCUGCCUUGGCGCUGUUGGGUGACAUGGAUGCCCGGGACGUCCGGAAGGAUGCCGUGGCCUUCAACGCGACAAUCACUGCCUGCGAGAAGGGCGGCCAAUGGCCGAGUGCGGUGGCCAUCGCCCAGCAGAUGGCAUCGUCUGGGCUGCCGAAGGACGUCGUAACCUACAGCGCCCUCAUCACAGCCCUGGAGAAGGGGGACCAGUGGACGGAUGCUCUGGAGUUGCUUCAGCAAAUGAAGCGUGACAGAGUCCAUCCCAACGUCAUCAGUUUCAGCGCUGCCGCCAGCGCCGCAGCGCGCGGCUCGCAGUGGAACGCUGCGCUGGAGCUACUGAACGAGAUGCGGGUCAAGGGCAUUGAGUUCGGGGCUGUGUCCUACAACACCGCGCUUGCGGCUUGUGGCGCGGCUUCACAGUGGGAAGAGAUGCUCAAGCUGCUCAAGGAGAUGCUCCAUGGGGCCGUGGAGCCUGAUGACUUCGCUUCGUCCCUUCUCCUGUCUGAGGCCGAGCACCGGGCGCUCGCCGAAGCUGAGGCCGAUCUCCUGCAGCGAGUGGUGCGAUGCCUGGGUGACCCGGUUGCACCUGCUUCCUCCCAGCCCCGCUGCCUUCUCCUCGGCCCCGCCACGCCACCGGUGAGCCUUGAUCUUGCGCACAACCACUCUAAGAUGAGAGGCAAUGCGCCUCAGCCGUCGCUUGUUGAGCCUGCCGGCGAUCAAGACCUGUCAACGCCCAACAAGGUCGGUUUCUUCACGGGCCACUGGAGCAUGGCCUCCAAGAUGUAUCAGGAGCAGUUUGAAGCCAUGGCAAAGUCGUACCCGAAGUGCACCUUCUACACCUGCGACAUCGACGACGCGCCCCUGGCGGCCUACGACGCUGAGGUCACUGAAGUGCCGUCUGUUGUGAUCCAACCGCUCGGACUGAAGCCGGAUGGUUCGUACUAUGACAAGACAGACAUGGUGGUUGUGGCCCCCGAGCUUGCCAAGUUCGACCAGGUCAUCCCAAGGGCAAAGGCUGCUGUGGAUGGAAUCGAAGUGCUGGACGAUGAGGCCGACAAUCCACCGACAUGCUUGUUCGACUUUUUCGAGCUGGAGCAGAAGGCCCGCGAGCAGAACCGGAGCCUGACCCUGGAGCGCAACGACCCGCCCACAGGCGGAACCAAAGGCUACAUUCGUCUCCGUCCCGCGGCGAGCGAAGAGCUCCAAGACCAGGAGAGUGGGCCCGAGAGGCAAAACGCCGCCCAAGCGCAACCCAGCCCAAAGCCAGCAGUUCCAGCAGCCGUGGCGCUACGGAGGCGCUGGUGGAUCGGUGCAGAGGCCUUCGUGGACCUGCUCAUGAGCAUGCGCUCGGAAUGCAUCGGCGGCAAAGACUACAUGCAGGGGCUGUGGCGCUUGCUGGAGGAUCCGCCGCGCGGGCAGGAGCCUUUCACUGGCGGCGACCACUUGACUUUCGACGAUUUUGCCGCUGCCCUGCUGUGCGACACGCAGGACGCCUUGCGGCCAAAGGCAGGCUCGAUGGGCGAGGAAGCGCGCCUCGCGACCCUGAUACAGCGCCUCGAGGGCUUCGUCACCAGCGAGACCACCAACUUGAACGAGCAGCACGACUGGACCCUUAACCCGGAUUUCUUCGGCAAAGCUUGUUGGAGGGCCGCGUCAGCGACGAAGGCGUUCUCGCCGGCAAGGCCCGGCUCAAAAGAGUUUCCCAUGGGUGGCUUUGGAAUCGGGCAGAGGUAUCUCCUUUUCGUUGGUUUGCCGCUGGCCCUCUACUGCAGCGACUGCCCCCACCUCUACCAAAUCUUGCAGCGCAUGCGGGGAUUGGCUUCUGGCGAAGGAGCCCUGCUGACCACAGCAAAUCUCCGGGCCGCGCUCGACCACGACGGACGCCCCUACUCUGUGUUAAUCUAUGCCUUAGUCGCAGCGCUGCAGGCUUUGGAAGCCACGCGCGCCGGAUUGGGCUCCGCUGCCCCACAAGGCUUGGAGGUACUUGCGCCCAAAGGCGGCGCCCUCAUCUUCCGCGGCCUCUGGGUUCCCGAGGUUAUAGAUGAGCACUGGGCCGAGCACGCCUGGUCCUUCAACUCCUUCUCACGGAGUAUCGACGGGAUUCUCUCCGUGCUGGGGUUCUAUGCCAGCGCCAAAGGUAGCGCUGCGCAGGACGUUGCCGUGAAGGACGCCCACAUCCUGGUCUUGGUGGCCCGGCUGCGGGGCGAAGCCGGCGGUGGUCGCUGGGCCUAUCCGGUGCAGCUGUUCGCGGGCGGGGAGAAUGCUUUUCCCGCCAGCAUCGAGCAAGAGGUCCUCGUUCCGCCAUUCACGAGGUACUACUUUGAGCCAGAGUCGGAGUUGCGGAGCUCCCAGACGCCGGAAGAGCGCCACAAAAGGCAGUGCGCUCUUGAAGCGCGUUGGUCGGUGAAACUGGCUGAGGCGGACAUGACUGGCGCCUCUGCAAAGAUUCUACAGCCCCUCGACGAGCACAACGUGCGGCUGUUGGAUGCCGUGCACCCUCGAAGCUGGAAAGCGCCCCGCUUGGAGGGCGUGGUCUACGACCUCGUGGCCCUGGGCGCAGGGGCGGGUGGCCUGGUGUCGGCAAAGCAGUCGGCACGGCGAGGUGCAAAGAGCGCGCUGAUCGAGCAGCACUUGGCCGGCGGGGACUGCUUGAACGUGGGCUGCGUUCCCUCCAAGGCUCUGUUGCGCUGCGCCCGCGCGGUGGCCGAAGCGCGGCGCUCGGACCUGGGCUUCGUCAGCGACUGCCAGGUGAAGGUGGACUUCGCGAAAGUCAUGGAGCGCAUGCGCAAGCUUCGGGCGGACAUCGCACCGGUUGACUCCCAUGAGGCGUCCAAGCAGGCGGGCGCCGAUGUCUACAUGGGCAAGGCGGCUUUCACCGGGAAGAACGAGUUGCAGGUCGGAGACACGACGCUGCGGUUUCGAAAGGCCGUCAUUGCCACGGGCGGGAGGGCCAAAGUGCCUCCCAUUCCUGGCUUGGACCAAGUGCCCUACUUGACAAAUGCCUCGUUGUUCAACCUGACGGAGCUUCCGCCUCGCUUCGUCAUUGUGGGAGCGGGGCCCAUCAGCUUAGAGAUGGCUCAGGCUUUCCAGCGCUUCGGAAGCGAGGUGACCGUCCUGGAAGUCGCACCUCAGAUCAUGGGCCUGGAAGAUGACGAUGCGGCCAAGCUGCUGCGCCAAGUGUUGGAAGAGGAAGGAGUGAAGAUCUGGACUGGAUGCAAGAUUGCUGCGGUGUCCUCCACACCGGCUGCAACGUCACAGGGCUGGCCCAAGAUCUCCCUCAACAUCGUCGUAGAUGGCGCGGAGAAGACUGUGGACGGCGAUGCUCUGCUCAUAGCUGCCGGCCGAGCGCCGAACAUCGAGGGGCUUGCCCUCGAAGCUGCUGGCGUGGACUUCACGCCUGGUGUCGGCAUCAAGGUCAACGACGACCUGACGACCUCGAACCCAGACAUCCUGGCCAUCGGCGACGUCAUCGACCGCCUGGACACGCGUUUCACGCACAUGUCGGGCACAAUGGCCGGCAUGGCGGUCCAGAAUGCCCUGUUUCCCGACAAGGGUCUGCCAGUCAACGCCCCCUCCUCGAAGCUGUCAGAAGUGGUGGUGCCGCGUUGCACCUACACGGAGCCGGAAGUUGCCUCCUGCGGCAUCUCCAACGAAAAAAUCGCCGCGAAGCAGGGCAUCGAGGUGGAUGUGUACACCUCCGGCCUUCAGCACAACGACCGCGCAAUUCUCGAAGGCUCCAACAGAGGCUACGUGAAGAUCGUGUGCCGAAAGGGUACGGAGGAGAUCCUCGGGGGCACCGUCGUCUCCGAGGGGGCUGGGGAGAUGCUUGCCGAGAUCACGUUGGCAGCCCAGCACCGCUUGGGCCUCUCGCAAGUGGCACGCACCGUGCACCCGUACCCGACCUUGGGGGAAGGCAUCCAGCAGUGUGCCUUGAACUACAACCGGGCGCGCUGGGCCAAGAUGGAGAAGGCCGGCUACCAGAAGU